CCUUCUCUUCCAGGAACCCUCCACACCACAGCCAUGGCCUGCAACACCCUCUGCCGACCCUGCGGACCCACCCCGCUGGCCAACAGCUGCAACGAGCCCUGUGCCCUGCAAUGCCAGGAUUCCCGCGUCGUUAUCCAGCCUUCCCCUGUGCUGGUCACCCUGCCAGGACCCAUCAUGACCUCCUUCCCCCAGAACACCGCCGUCGGAUCCACCUCCUCGGCUGCCGUGGGCACUGAGCUCAGUGUGCAGGGACAGCCCAUCUCUGGUGGAUUUGGUGGCCUUGGCUACGGCCUUGGCUACGGUCGUGGAUUUGGCUAUGGCUGUGGCUAUGGGCUGGGAGGCCUGGGCUGCUAUGGCAGAAGGGGCUAUGGCUACAACUGCUAAGGGGCCCGCCUUGGCACCACUCCUCACACCAACCACCACCCUGGAACACACCCCAGGCAUUGAAGAUGCAUCUCUGGCAAAGGUUGUCAAAGCGGUUCAGCAAUUCCAGCUCCUGCUCUCAGGGCACCAAGCAAGGCAGUAGCCAAGGGGCCAGCCCGCGCUGCCUGCAAGCAUGGCCCAUCUCUGUUCCUUCUCCCACUCCCUGCUCUGCAUCGCCCUUUCAGCUCUGUCAUUGCCCUUUCUGUUCUGCUUCUCUCAAGCCAGAGACAGUUGGGCACCUCUGCCUGGCUGCUCCCACUAUGGGGUUGGGAUGCCUUGAUGCUCUGGCCAAACCAUCUGCAAGCAAAGCAGCUCAGGUGAUUUUUGCCCUACUUGCACGUCCUACUUGCACUGCUCUCUUCCAGUGGAUGCUCAUGACCACCCACUGCU